UCGCCUCCCUCCUCCGUCACCUACCUCCUCUCGACUCUUCGAGCUCAUCACUCAUCACCUCGUCUCGCCGCCGCUCACCACACCACCUUCCGAUGGAUGCCACCGCCUUCGCCUCCGCUCCGAACCCUAGCCACGCGCCCUCCUCCUCCUCCUCUCUCUCCGCCUCGUACUCGCGGGUUCUCCGCUUCUCCGUCCGCGACCCGUGGCGGCGGCGGCGGGGGCAGCGCCUCCCGCUCCACGCGCUCCGAUCGCAGCGCCCCGAGCCGGCGCCCGCGUCCGCGUCCCACCACGACGUGGUGGUUGUUGGCGCCGGGAUCAUCGGGCUCUCCAUCGCGCGCCACCUCCUCCUCCACACCCCGCUCUCCGUCGCCGUCGCGGACGCCGCCGUCCCGUGCACCGGCGCCACCGGCGCAGGGCAGGGAUACCUAUGGAUGUCACACCGGACGCCCGGGAGUGACACGUGGGAGCUGGCGGUGCGGAGCAAGCAGCUGUGGGAGGAGCUCGCCGCCGAGGUGGAUGGCCUCGGGGGCGGCGGUGCGCGGGAGAGGCUGGGGUGGAUGAGGACAGGAAGCUUACUAGUUGGGAGAACUUCCGAAGAGAUGGCUACAUUGGAGGAAAGGACCAAAGCUCUAUCUCAGGCAGGAAUACGUGCGGAAUGCUUGUCUGCUGCUUCAUUGCAUGCAUUGGAGCCGGAACUCUAUGUUGGACAUGAUGGGGGUGCUAUGUUCUUGCCUGAAGACUGCCAGAUUGAUGCCUUCCAGGCUGUCUCAUUGAUUGAAAAGACCAAUGGUUCAUAUUCCUCAGAAGGAAGAUAUAUGGAGAUCUAUAAUGAUCCUGCCAUGUCAUUAGUAAGAUCAGAGACUACUGGAACAGUUCAAGGUGUCCAAACAUCUAAGCACAUCCUAUAUGGCAGAAAAGCUAUUGUAAUUGCUUCUGGUGCCUGGACUCGAACCUUAUUGCGUAGUUUUCUUGAACCGAAUCCUACAUUGGACAUUCCUGUGAUGCCACGUAAGGGUCAUUUGCUUGUGUUGGAUAAAUUUGACAAGCUUAAACUAAAUCAUGGACUAAUGGAGCUAGGAUACGUUGGCCAUCAAGUUGCUAAAUCAAGCGGCACACCCCUAUCUUCAGAAUCCAGUGAAGAUGAGCAUGGUGCUUUAUCCAUAUCAAUGACCGCAACAAUGAAUACAAAGGGAAAUUUAAUCCUAGGAAGCAGUCGAGAGUUUAAAGGAUUUUCAAGAGAAGUUGACAUGUCCAUCCUUAAAUGUAUAUGGGACCGUGCAGCAGAGUUCUUUCCUACGCUGAAGAAUGUUCAUCUUGAUAUUGAUGAAAACACUGAAAUCAGGAUCGGGCACCGUCCCUUUAUGCCUGAUGGGAAGCCAGUUAUUGGAUCUGUUCCUGAUCUGCCAAAUGUUUUGAUUGCGACAGGACAUGAAGGAAGUGGACUUGCUUUGGCAUUAGGCACUGCUGAAAUGGUCACCGACAUGAUUCUUGGGAAUCCUGGAAAAGUGGACUUCUCGCCAUUCUCCAUAAAAGACAGGUUUUCAGCUUACGACUGAGGGAGCUGAAAUUUGCUUUUGAGUAUCGUCGGGAAGCAUUUCUCCAGUCUGAUCCAGAUAUCAUCAUUGAUUCAAACUCCUGAUAGCUAAUGCGACCAUCCUGUUGAAUAUAUGCACAACAUGUCAGUUAUACUAUUGAAGUAUUGAUACAUGUGUGUAAAGUGUAAACCCCAACUGGAAAAAAAAACAUGGAUAGGAAACCAUCAAAUUACUGUUGCUUCCUGGGUUUCUUGUACACUUGGAUGAGGAUCCAAGAUAUUUUGCUAAAAAAAAGAAGAGAAGACUAAGUUUAGUAGACUAUGCCUAGAAUUCAGCAAGUUUUGUGAAAUGGGAAUUUGUUGCUGAUUUGCUUCGAAUCUGCCCAAUGUAACAUUUCUUUUGUAAACUAUUUAUAGUUUUUGGGAAAAAAAAAGGGGAGGGGGGGGGUCGCUUAUUAAUUUUCAGUUUUCUCUUACUGGAAAUAGUUGAAAAUUGUGUGGUUUUCUACUUUUUCUGGCUUAGUUGAUUUGGGGGUUUAGGGUAAAUAAUCCAGUCAGCUUAAUACUACCUUAGUUUUGUUGGAAAUGGGUUUGAUUUGCGUGCAGUUCCAGGCCCCAAAAUGGCUAAAGAAAGGCUUUAGAAUUUUGUAACUGGUGAAAUCUACACUCAAACACAAUAUGAUACAUCUUUAAGUGGUUGAAAGUUUAAUUAAUUGGUUAGAACUGACCUUAUCAGUGUCAAUGUCUCGAAUAAUAUCUUUAACCACUUGCUCAGUAGGGCCCAGUUCAUCACCUAAAGCAUCCAUCAACUCCUCCAUUUCAAUGAAACCAUUACCAUCUUUGUCGAAGAACUUGAAAGCUUUAGGUAGGUACUCCUCAUUACUCAUCUUCUUUAUGUGAAGUAAUACCGUUACAAACUCCUCGCAAUCUAAUGUUCCAUUUCCAUCUAUGUCACCCUGGAAAAGGAAGAAAUUUGUCAGAACAUUCAGCACUGCAAUGUCAAGUUACAUUAAUCAAUCUAUGUACCUCUGGUGUAUUAGGUGUAAAAAACAACAGUACAAUUUGGACAGAUACUUGGUUGCAAUGAUGACAUGUAUUUAGACUUAUGUCAUAGUAGUAUUUACAAUUGCAUUUGUACUGCUCUCAUUUUAUUCAUUUUAAUUCAGCUGCCGGUACCCCAGUUAUUCUAAACUCUAAAUUAUAAAAGAAUAACGAAAUAUAGUGCUAUGGGAAUGGAUAUAAUAAAGCACUCACAGCUUCUAACAGCAUUUCGAUCUCUGUCUCUGGAACAGGAUGACCAUUUAUCUGGAGGCCCAACUUCAGAUCCUCAAGCGUCAAAUUACCGCUGUUGUCUUUGUCCAUCUUGUGGAACAUCUGAGUAUAUUUAUCCAUCUCCUCCACCGGUAAAUUCUUGGCAACGACCUUCAUCGGCAAAUGCUUCACAGUGAAGAAGUACACCACAUUUGAAGAAAAUAAGAAUAGUAGCAGCAGGUUCUCUGCAACUUACUCCAAGUGCCUUCUUUUUGAACUUAUUCAUGGCUGAGAAUUGCAUCAGUCUGGAUCGAACAAUCUCUCCGAGCGAAACGUUUGGAGCCCUAUCGGCAUUCUUGAGCCAAGGAUGCUCUGUUUUUUGCAGGAGGAGAAACAAUCUCAACUGAGCAUGUAAUGUAACACUACUUACUGUACAUUAUUAAACUUCCCCCUUUUUGCAAUAAUGUCAAAGACAUGGCAAAAUUCUAGAUUUCGAUA